AUGAGAACACGCUGCCCAACGAGGACCUCUGAGGGUAGGACACGGAAACUCAAUAGCUUUGAGGUUAAAUUAGAAGAAAAGUUAAAGGCAUCGGAAUUUAAAUUAGUGGUUUCUCUUGAAAAGAAUUCUCAACUAAUGAAGGACCUUAGCAAGAUCAAAGAAGAGCUGAAUCAUUCCCUGAAAUGGACUGAUUCAUCUAAGAUCCUUUCGAACUUAGCCAAUCAAAAGCUUAACAACAAAAAGGGAUUAGGUUUUAGGCAGAUAGAACCUUCCUACAAUCCUCACAGCAAAUAUGUCUCUGUUUAUGACAUUCUUUUGUGUACCCAUUGUGGAAGAAAUGGCCAUCUGAAAGAAAAAUCUGAGUCUCUAAAGAGAGUAAAAGAAAGGCAAGAUAAUUUUCUCGUGAUAAGAAAAAGAUAUGUAGAAAAGAAAAAGAAGAGAGAAAACAAUCAGUGUUGGUACAUGGACAGUGGAUGCUCAAGGCACAUGACUGGAGACACUCAAAACUUCCUCUUUUUGGAAGCACACCAGGGCGGAGGUGUGUCGUUUGGUGAAGGAAAAAAGGGUUUCAUUCUCGUAAUUGACAAAAUAGGAAGAUCAACAGAACAUUUCAUAGACAAUGUUCAUUAUGUGAAUGGUUUGAAAUACAAUUUGUUAAGUGUAUCUCAAAUCUGUGAUAAGGGAAAUGAAGUUAAAUUCUUAUUUGACAGGUGCCUGGUUAUCAACUGUGUUACUCACAAAGUUGUCAUGUCUGCCAAAAGAAUAAUUGGGAUAUGUGAGCGCUUCAUUGCUAAACAAGCUUGUUACGAGGGACCUGGUUCAUGGACUGCCAAGGCUGAAAUCACCUUCGCCAAGGCAAUUCAACUGAAGGUUAACUGCAAGAUUGGAAGCAUCAGAUCAGAUCAUGGCACAGAGUUUGAAAAUACACAAUCUGAAGGCUUUUGUGCUGAAAAUGGAAUUCAUCACAACUUCUCUGCACCAAGAACUCCUCAGCAAAAUAGGGUUGUGGAAAGGAAGAACAGGACAUUGGUGUAUAUUACUAGAACCAUGAUGGUUGACUCAGGGCUUGCAAUGACUUUUGGGUAG